AUGCCUCCUCGAGCUAAACCAGCCGCAUCCUCUGGCGAACCACCACCGCACAAACAAGACCAGUUCCAUCACGCCAUCCCGAGAUUCAUAUUGCGACGUUUUCAAGUCGGUCCAGAGCGCCAAAAAGAAUACAGACGUACCAGUGUUGAUCCUGAAUAUGUCCUCUACUAUGACUUGGCCUCAGGGAGCCUCGGUGAUCGUCCCAUCGGGAAAGUUUAUGGGCUCAUGAACCUCUACAGGGAUGCAAGUAACCCUCGGAACGUCAACGAGCUGGAGAAAAAUCUUGGCGACCUUGAAGCAGGUGCCGCGGUGAUCAUCCAAACCCUCCAUUCCAACCUUACCAGCGGCAAGGUCACCCUUAAACGCCUCGGUGUUGAACGGCUGCGGAAAUUCUUAUUCGUGAUGCACUACCGCAACCUGGGAGGAUCAUACUUCGAUCCUGAUCAUCCCCAUGGAGGCUCGACAAUUCGGCAGUGGGUCGAGCGCUAUAAAACCAAGCAUCCAUCAUGUCAAACACACACCGAUGUAUGGCUGUCUGUCCUCCGCUACUACUUGGAUACUCCCCAUUCCCAGAUCGUCAAUGAUGCCACUGCGAUAUAUAAAGAACACGGAAUGGAGAAGGUUCAUCUUCAGAUGUUGACCGACACAGUCGAUCCCAACAUGGAGCACUACCCGGCUCUUGCGUAUCAAAAGCAGGCCGGCAUGAGUUUCCUUUGUAUAUGGGAAGCUCAUGACACAUCAGAGUUUAUUCUGAGCAACAGUGGUUUUGGACUGUGGGAGGGCCUAGCUGCAUCGGGCGACUACAUUCAUCGUGUCUUUGUCGUCAGUCCUCGGAUUGCAGUCGUUUUACGGUCCAACUUACUAUUCAUGUUCGAAACGAUGGGGCCAGUGAACAGCGACCUGCUUCAGAUUCCCCAAGAACGACCUGUAUCGAAACUCGUCGAUGGGGAAGCUGCAUUCCCCGAAGGCUCCGAUCCUUCGUCCGUCGAUUUCACUCUUCUCAGAUCACCUGACGACCUCUUCACAUUCACCAUAACCAAAUUGUCCCUCGCUCAAACCGACGCUCUUAACGCCGUCGUUUUGAAGAAUGUUAGCCAGGAUGGGGCCAUCACAUUCUUUGGGAAGGAACGUAUGUUCAGAACCGUCCGCUCAUUCUGUCACGAUCCAAAGAACAAGUAUGAUCGACUAAAGUUUCUGUCAUUAAUGCGGCACCUAUCGGAC